AUGGCCGGGUCCCAGCUGAAGCGCCUCAAGGCGUCGCUCAGGGAGCAGGGCAUUACUGGGCCGCAGCAAUCCAAGAAGCAGAAGCGCAAGCUCGCACAGGACGGCCGCGCCCGCAAUGAGAAGAGGUUGCAAAGGGGAGUGGUCCUCGAAGGCAUUCGCGACCAGUUCAACCCUUUUGACCUCAAGCAUGCGAAGGGCCCGAAAUUUGAGGUCACGUCGAACAAGACACUUACCGGGGAUGCGGCAAAGGGCAUCAGGGGUCGCCCAGGACAAGCCAGGGCGGCUGGUGAGGAACGACGUCGCGAAACUCUCCUAGUCGACAUGCAGCGCCGCAACAAAGUCGGCGGCAUUCUGGACCGUCGAUUUGGCGAGAACGACCCGACCAUGGCACCCGAGGAUAAGAUGCUGGAACGUUUCGCACGAGAAAAGCAGAGGAGCCACAAGAGAAGUUCCAUGUUCGACUUGGAAGACGAUGAGCCGCUAGAUGGUGGCCUCACUCACGGGGGCAAGGCUCUGACUUUUGACGAUGAAGAACCUGUCGACGACUUUCAAGAGGAUGACUUGGAAGGCUACGACAGCGAUGGCUCCGUGCGGGAGAGGCAGCGCCUCAAGCGCAUACGCGCCAUGGGCAGCGAGGCGAACGAGGACGAGGACGAGCAACCGGAACGGAAGAAGACGAAGAAAGAAGUGAUGGAGGAAAUUAUUGCCAAGUCGAAAAUGCACAAGUACGAGAGGCAAGCGGCCAAAGAGGACGACGAGGAACUGCGGGCCGAGCUCGAUAAAGACCUCCGAGACAUCCAAAUGCUGCUGACAUCGAGCUCUAAGCAUCCUGAAGCGCGUGGUGCAGCAAACGCGCUCGCCUCUACCAUUGCUGGCGAGGACAGGGACGCAUUUGAGAAGAACUACGACCUCCAAGUGAAGCAGCUGGCACAGGACAAGAGGGCCCAGCCCACCGAGCGCACCAAGACAGAGGAGGAAAGGUUGGAAGCGGAAUCGCAAAGGCUCCGAGAGCUCGAGGAGAAGCGACAGAAACGGAUGAGAGGCGAGGAAGUUUCUGACAGCGAAGACAGCGGCGACGACAAGAAGGUUGCCGAUGAGGAUGACAAUGCAUCCGAAGAUGACGACUUUGGCCUUGGCAGCGGCAUCAGGACUCGACCCACAGCCACCGAGCUCGGAUUCGACGAUGAGGACGAUUUCAUUAUCGACGACGACCUAGUUGCAAGCGGCUCUGAGCUCGAGCUUCUGGACAGCGACGACGAGUCGGAUUCUGAGGCAGGAUCUGGAGACGAAGGGCCAGGCGAGGACGAUGAAGAAGACGAUUUCACCGCGGGCUUACUCAACGAGGAAGAGGCGCGAAACCCCGUCUUCAAAGCCGAGUCUGCUGCAAAGACUUCGGCACUGCAAAAGCCCGACGAGCAUGGUUUGCCGUACACGUUUCCGUGCCCUCAGACCUGCGAGGAAUUUAUGGCUAUCACGAAGCCAUUCCCCAGCCAAACUAUCCCCACCAUCGUUCAGCGCAUACGAGCACUUUAUCAUCCCAAGCUCGACAGCAAGAACAAGGAGCGGCUCGCCAACUUCUCUCUGGCCCUGGUUGACUUUAUCUCCUCAGAGUGGAGCGGCGAUUCCUCCCCGUCGUUUUCAGUGCUGGAAAGCGUUGUGCGACAUAUCCACUCCCUCUCAAAGAUGUUUCCGCUCGAAAUUGCGCAGAAGUUCAGGGAACGCAUCACGAUGAUUGGCAGCGAGCGGCCGUUGGCCCUUGAGCCGUCGGAUCUCAUCCUCCUCACAGCCGUUGGAACCAUUUUCCCCACCUCGGAUCACUUCCAUCAAGUAGUUACACCCGCGAUGCUGACUAUUGGACGGGCGCUUGGGCAACAAGUUCCUCAAAACUUGGCCGACUAUGCUGUCGCAACGUAUCUGUCGAUCAUCGCCUUACAGUACCAGCACCUUUCGAAACGAUACGUUCCCGAACUAGUCAACUCUUGUUUGAACACCAUUUGCGCUCUCGCACCCACGGCAUCCUCAAAGCAGCUAGGCAACUUUCCUCAGCACGAACCCCCAGCCGGCGCCCGGAUUCAGAACGCCACCGCAGUGUCGCCGAGGAAGCUAUCGUUUGCAGAUUGCCUCGCAUUCGAGGUGAAAGGGAAAGCAGCUGCCUCUCUCAAAGUUGCCAUCCUCGAUACGACUCUGCAAAUUCUCGACGCGAGUGCAGAUCUGUGGACAGGCAAAGACGCUUUCCCGGAAACAUUCAACCAGGUUGCUUCCGUGCUUAAACUGCUGCACGGGCAGCCUACCCGUGCGCACUUGCCUGCCGCGCUCUUUGACCGCGCCGAGAAACUGGGAGCCAAGGUAGCCCGCAUGUUGCGGCUUGCGCAGAUCUCACGCCGCCCCUUGGAGCUGCAUCGCCAUCGCCCCCUCGCCAUCAAGACAUAUAUUCCCAAGUUCGAGGAGACAUUCGACCCAGACAAGCACUACGACCCAGACCGCGAGCGCGCCGACCUGGCCAAGCUCAAGGCGGAACACAAGCGGGAGCGCAAGGGUGCUAUGAGAGAAUUGAGAAAGGAUGCCAAUUUCAUGGCGCGGGAGAAGCUGCGCAUCAAGAAGGCCAAGGACGAGGCCUACGAGAAAAAAUACAAGCGCCUCGUCGCGGAGAUUCAGAGCGAAGAGGGCCGCGAGUCGAACGCGUACGAACGGGAGAGGUCAGCCCGGAAGAGAGCGAGGAACAGGUAG